CAGGCCCAAGGCCCAGGCCCAGUAGACAGUGUCCGAGUCGAUCAGGCAGCCGCCACUAAGCUGGAAACGGUUUCGAUGCGUCUCCGUAGUGCUCACAACGAUGGAAGAUUGCGAACCUUUGCUAGUGGAAACAACAAUCAUCAAGUCAUCUGAAACAGAAUCAAUCAGACCGAUCACGGUUUACCAAGCGUUGCAGGCGGAACGCUUAGCCAACGAUGUUCAGUUCUCGCUUGGUGGGGCCAAGUUCGAUAAGGUCCUGCUGGUCACCCAUGUCAUGUUACGUACCAGUGAUGCUCGAGGUGUUUAUGACCUCGAUGAUGGCACUGGGAGAAUAUAUGGGUCACGGAGUAACACAGCAGGACAAGAUCAUGCCGCGUUCUCGGCCAUGAUACGACAAUUUGACAACAGUCUAGCUUGUGUCAAGGGCAAACUUAUCCAGCGUGGCCAGCAAAAAAUAAUCGAUAUUGAGUCCAUGAUUGGGGCAGGAUAUCAUCAGGCUAUGUAUCAUACUCUUGAGUGCAUGAAGACAAGUUUGAUGGUCGAGAGGCACAAAGGACAGGCUCACAACACAGACGAGAUGCUUGUCGUCCAAGAAUUCAAAGGGGAUGCGGAAGACUCGAUGGCAGCCGACUCGCGAGCAUUUGAACAAUCUUAUCGUUCAUUUUUUGAUCUGCCCCAGAAUGAUGAAGGUAGAAAUGUCAGUUCUCCUCAGACUCCUGCUGGGCCGUUACCGCGGUAUGGCGAUCAUAAUGAGGGUCUGAGUUCCGCAUCGACCUCAAAGCAAGCUGCAUCCCAACUUCUUACACCACUUCUCGCACGUGAGCCUGAAACUCCUCAUUCUGCCAUUGUUCGGGUGGCCCAUCUUUGCACAGUCAUGCGAACACCGAGCCCCCUUUCUUCCUUUGGCUCCUCGCUCCAAAUUAGUUCUCAGUAUUCUCCACAAUAUUAUAGCCAGCUAGCCCAAUUGACAGCGACACAACUCGCUAUCGUGUCCAACCUGUAUCAGCUCCAGGGUGAUGCUAUCUAUGGGGUUUGGAUAACUGCUGUGUACGAGCGCGUGACACAGGUGAUUGAGAUCACUCAGGAAGAAUUCAGGUAAAUGGUUUGUGUUCAUCAUCGUGAUAGUUCAUGGUUUAUUAUUUGCGGUCAGCACCGACAUAGAUUGGCUU